AUGACCGCAGACGCAAAGACAACGCCCGUGCCCAACGGGUUUCCGGUCCCCGAGUCUAUCUUUGACGUUCGGCCGCUCACGCCGACCGAGGAGGCUGCGUACAUUGCCACGGGCGAGAAGGCGUUCAAGACCUUCCUCGAUGCGGUCCUCAAGCGCGAUCCCGGUAUGGUCUGGAACUUUGUCGGCGAUUACGACGGCAUCCAGCUCCUCGAAGGCGACAUUCCCGGCUUCAAACUCGACAAAAACGUGGUGCCGUACCGCGCCGUCGGCAAGAUCACGGCGACGCUCGAGGAGAUUGCCGAGCUCCAUGCGUUCGAGACGCGCGCCAAGUGCGACUUUUACCGCAACCACCACGCGCAAGACCUCGCCGACAUGUUUCCGCUCUUUAGCUUUUUCGACCGGACGCCGGCCAAGCCGCUCAAGCAAAUGUACAUCAAGUGGUCAGUCAUCGAGAGCCCGGUCCCGGUCGUCAAGAACCGCGACUUUUGCUUUGUCGAGGCACAAGACGAAUUUCGCUUUUCGUCGGGUCGGCGCGGCUGGGCGUUUUGCCAACUCUCGGUCGACGUGCCCGGCGUCGUGAACCUCCAAAGCUCGCCCCUCAACUUGGUGCGUGGUGCGCUCCACCACACGGGCUGCGCGUACAUUGAGACCGACAUCCCCGGCGUCCUCGACGUCAUCUACCACAUUGCGUCCGACUUCAAGGGCGCGAUUCCGCACUGGGUGCGCAAGAUGGGCAUGAAGCGCCGCGCGCGCCACCUUGCACACGUCAACGAGUACGUCCACAAGGUCCGACUGAGUACACGCAACUUGCUGCCAAAGACCAAGAGCUUUUACAAGAGCAGCAACACCGACGACGACGAAAUCGACGACGACGACACGUCGGGGCGGUGUUGUUAUCUCUGUGAGCAGCCCCGCCGCUUCUCGCGCAUGCGCAACUGCCAGUCGUGCGGCGAGGCUGUCUGUGUGCGCUGUAGCCGCAAGUGGCGCGUGCCCACCAAAGUCAACGAGCACAACCUCGUACGGGUGUGCAACCUCUGCUCGCGCAAGGUGCGCCAGGACAGCAUCUCCGAGUGCUGCCUGGCAACGCCCAAUUCCGACGCGUCAUCCGAGGCCAGCAGCUGGCGCGCGUCGUUCCGGACGUCGUCGCUCGGCGGCGGCUCGGACUUUGACGCGCUCGACAUAACGCCGACGCCAUGGGCAAACAAAAGCCGACAGCUGAGCGAUCCACCGACCAUGGACAUUUCGUACGUCAACUUGUACGGUGCCGACUUGCGCAAGACCAAGUCGCUGCCGGUGCUCACGGCGCCGCCAGCGCGCAUCGUGCUGUUUGAUCCGGCGACCUUUGCGGCGCACGAGACGCCGGUCGAGGCCGACGACGAAGGUGACGCAUCGGUCGUCGACGACCUCGACACCUUCUUGCUCUCCCGUUGA